GGGGGUCUGGGCUGAGAAAAGAGCAAGACAAAGGGGACAUCUUGUGAAGGAAGAGUUGGGAGAGGGCUCAGAACCAAGGGUCCUCUCUUCCUGAUAAUCAUGCGGCCCUUGCUCUGCUGCCCCCAGACCUCCCUGGGCCCGGCUCUUGGCAAGGCUAGCAGGGGUGGCAGAGACUGAGUCUGGAAGUGGGUAGGAACAGCUGUUCUCUUCUGUUAUUGUUACUCCAUGGGAGGCAAGGCAAGGCUGUGUCCCUUCCCCAACAAUGAGAGACUGAGGAGACUUGGCAGGGGACUCGUGGGCUCUGUGUGGGAGGGGCUGGUGGCCUGGAAGCUGGGUGAUGGGCUCCCAUUCACUGAGCUCCCAGCUCUAACUCUGACCCUUACUCACCCCGCCUUACCACCUUCCAAACCGUCUCCCCCAGAUUCUGAGCUGCCCCUACCCUAAUUCCUCCCAGGCCCUAAGUGCACCACGAUGCAGAAUGCCAUUGUCACCCCUCCCCCGCUCUUGGGACCCCCUCUGAAGUCCCCUUUCCCCCAAGCUGGCCAGGCCAAGGACCUAGGCCAGGUUGGGCGGGAUACUCACAGUUGGCCUGGGUCUGAGAUGGGAGCGGGUUCUGCACAAAUGGCCGAGGCUGCAAGUGUGGCUCCCGGGCUGUGUGAGAGACCUGUCUUUAGCAGUCCUUCCCCCGCUGCCCCCCCAGCGGCUCCACCCCUUCACAGACACCCAGUGGGGCAAGGGGCCAGGAGAGGACAGAGGCGCCCUCUGUCUCCUGGGCUGGAACAGGCUGCCCUGUGUCUCCUCCCUGGCCUUGGUUGCCUGCCCUCCCACCCCCUGCUGGGUACCAGCGGGGAAGUGCAGGGAGAAGGGAGGGGGAGGUGGGUCCUGGGGGGACACAGAGUCUCACCCCCAGCUCCACUGCACAGCCCCUGGAGCUGGCUGUGACACUGACAGGGAAGGGGAGGGUUUGCAGAGGAAGUCUUAGCCUGGGGCUGGCCACGGGGUCUCGCUCAGUGAGUGACUUAGUCUUGGGACCGCUGAGAUCUCUCAAUCUGGGAUUCUGCUAUGCCGCUGUGGCCUGGGUCCCCCAUGGUGGUGCCGGAGCUUGCAGUCCUUGGAAGGAGUGUGGGCUGCAGUGACCCUUGCAGGGUCUCUGAGGUUUUGUAGAUUGGCCUCUCAGUGCUGAGCUCCAGUUGGAUUUUCAAUUAGUGGUUGUCAUCCCUGCCCCCCUCCCGGUUAGCUUUUGGGGGUGUGGUAGGGCAGCAGCCCCCCAUAAAGGAAGUGAUGGACUCUGGGACCCCUGCUUAAUGGGAUCUGUCCAGGACGCCCCCCCCCCCCAAGCUGGGGAACCUGCGGGAGUGGUCGGGCGGCCAGGCUUCCCAGCCCCAAGGCCAGCGCGGGAGGCGUGACUGGGCGGUCCCCCCUCUGGAGAAUCAGCUAGGAAACUGGACACCUCGGGCUGGGCGUGGCGCCCUCCUCCCCGCAGGCCUUAUAAACCUCGGCCUCGCAUCUCCGCGGCAGCACCCCAUCUCCUACCCUGGUCAGCUGUGUGAGCACAUCAGCUCCAACCCCAGGGGCCUCAUGGCGGACGAGCCACUGACUGAGCUGGAGGCGGCCAUCGAGACAGUGGUCACCACUUUCUUCACCUUUGCAGGGCGGGAAGGCCGGAAGGGCAGCCUCAGCGUCAAUGAGUUUAAGGAACUAGCCACGCAGCAGUUGCCUCACCUGCUCAAGGAUGUGGGCUCCCUAGAUGAGAAGAUGAAGAGCUUGGAUGUGAAUCAGGACUCGGAGCUCAAGUUCAAUGAGUACUGGAGACUGAUUGGGGAGUUGGCCAAGGAAAUCAGGAAGGAGAAGGCGCAGGAGAUCCGGAAGAAGUAGAGCUGCUGGCCGGGAUGGCGGUGGGGAGAGUAGGCCUGGCAGGGCCAGGAGAACCCCUCACUCCCCAAAUAAACCUUCUCCCUCGAAACA